CAUAUGUUUGAACCAAAUGGUUUUGCACGUAAAAUCGUUUCUGACAUAUGAUCUACGGUUCGUAGUAAGUCAAGUUUAUCCGAACACUGUGCAAGAUUUCAGCCUCUAAUGUUGAACUACAGACGAGAAAUUGGAUUAUUACACUCAGUGACAGGAAACGACUUCCGCAGGAACAUAGCCUAUCACAAGAAAGCCUGGCAGUCUUCAGUAGCAUUCAACGCCACCGCAGACCUCGCCGUCGACGGCAACACCACUACCAACUGGAUCGGGGGGUCGUGCACGUCAACGGCACUGAGCGACCCGUCUCCCUGGUGGGUGGUCGACCUCGGCAAAAGCUACAACAUCAGCGAGGUGAUCGUAUCAAACCGUGGCGACUGUUGUGGAGAAAGACUGCACGACUUCUCUAUAGAAUUGUUCUUGGUGGAUCCAACUACAAAUGCAGAAAAUGGCAUCGUAUGCGCUAAGGAAAGUGGUGCAGUUCCAAAUGGAUUCACCAUUAAAUAUCCGUGCGUUCCUGGAACCUCUGGUAGAUAUCUUCGCAUUCAUAAGACUAAAGUACUUUCUGCUAAAGAUGUUUUGACGCUGUGUGAAGUUUACGUUGUGGGAAUUCCUUACAGUCAAAGAUGUCCGGAAGGAUUUUUCAGCGAAGACGACAACUGUUAUUAUGUCUCAAACAAUACUGCAAACUGGCUGAAUGCGAGUAUGCAGUGCCAGGCUAUGGGUUCCAGUCUUGCAAUACCAGCGACAUAUGACGAAGAUGCUGAUCUGUCGAAGCAACUCUUUAAGACUGCGAAGCCAGGAGACUUGUACUGGCUUGGCGCCAAGGAGCAGGGCUCGUCUGGCGGUAAAUGGAAGACUGCGAACACGGGACAUGAAGGGCUGGAGUACACCAACUGGGAACAUGAGGAGACCAACAACUGCGUGGUGAUGUCGCAACCCGUCGAGUUCAAGUGGGAGAUCAAACCGUGCGGCGGCAGCUACCACUUCAUCUGCCGCACGUCACUACAGAAAUCGAUGUAAUCAGCGCCCUCUGGGUGGAGAUAAGCAUCAUCUCUGUUCAAAUACGUCGUCCGUAUUACAGUAAUGGAUUAAUUUCUUUUUUCUAGCACCAAAAUGAAGCAGACAUUGUAAUAAACAGAUUUCUUGAAAAA